GGCAGAGGAAGGCAGUCCCUGUUGCUUCAGAACCAGUUUGGGGAUGUUCUCCCAUCUGCAGUCUCUGGUUUUGAGUGCCUACUGGGAGGCCCCCAUGGGAGCAGCUUGCUUAAGACUGGGGCAGAGGGUGCUAAUCAGAACCUUGCUCCUAUUCUGUUUGGUGCAGCCAAUUCCUGGGAUCAGCUCAAAGGAUGGUGGUUCAGGAGGAAGCUGGCCCAGUGACUGCUGUCUUCAGGACCCACCUGCCCAGGAGCAAACCUCAUCUCUGGUGGCUGAGGCGUCUGCUAAAGGCACUUCUGACGGCCAGGGAAGGAACUUCCAGACUGCAGGUUCACUUCCCUUGCACAGCAUGAGGACUGCGAGAGUCGUGGAGCAUGGGGGCCUCCAUCCCCAAAGCCACAGCCCCAGUCUUUUGACAGAUGGAGUACCAGCUGCAGCCCUCACUGAUCAUGUGCUUUUCACGAGCGAUGACAAGUCUAAUGGUCCUUCCUGUGCUCUGGAAGGGAAGGCAGAAGGCAUGGGAUUAUGGAGCCCUUCUUCAUCAGCGCCCUGUGAGAAGGAGAAUAUUUUGAAACCAACUAGUGAAACAAUGCUAAGCUGUGUUAAUGGGAAAACACCAGCUCCUCCAGAUUGGGGUAACUGUGCAAACAGGACCUCCCCAACACCUUCUAUUACAAUCGGAGUUAUCUGGACUAGCAGCAGCCCCAGCUCCACAUGCCAACCAAUGUGUGCUGUUGAGGAAGCAAAUAUUACAUUCUUUGAUCUGCUCGAGUGCAACCCUUCUGCAGGGGCACCGUACAGCCUGAAAAUGGAGAUUUCCGAUUGCAUCAUUAGACCACUGUGCUCUGCAGAGGAUGUGGUCAAGAAGCUCCCUCCUGGGGCCCAUGUGUUAUUGACCACUGUUGAGAUGGGGGCCUGGACUGAGGCAAUCGGCCCCGUUCAGGUCAGCAGCAAGCUAUCCCUCCUGUGGUCAACUUCACGUUUCCUCGCCUUUCCCAAAAGCUCUGCGGAUGUUUUUCCUGGUGCUCACCACUCCCAGGGCCUCUCAGUGACCCAACCUGGGCCCAGGAAGCCCUGCCUCCUCAGUCUGUGUCUUCCUUGGGCCAUUGCUACACAAGGUCCAGCUGUUGUGGAGAAUUCUGUCACCCAACAGUUACCAGAAACUGACACUUGGGCAUCGCCAUAUCUGGGGUUCAAAGUUCAAAUGGCUUCUGAAGGGCCUCUUUGUCUGGUGACGGAUUUUGGAGACAGCCCAGGAGUCCAAAUGAAGAUCCAAAAUACAUCUGAGGAAAUCACAGUCACAGCCUAUCACCAGUACAGGAAAGAAGGUGUCUGUAUGCUCAAGGCAGUUAUUUAUAAUGAGUUUUCUGGAACUGAAGUGGAACUUGAACCUUACUAUGUGGAGAUUGGUCAUGAGGUUGUGUCUGUGUUCAUGAAUUCCAGCAGCGUGCAUGAGGGUACUGUUGUUAUGCAUCAUUUCCCAUUCACUUCCUCAUGUAAUGUGUCCACUUCUCAAAGCCAAGUGGGUGACAGCCAAGCCUGGCCCAGUGUGAUUGUUUGGUAUAAGAUGCAGCCUGUUUCUGUCUACACAAAUGGAACUGUGUUUGCCACAGACGCGGACAUCACUUUUGUAGCUGUUACCAAGGAAAUGAGUCCCCUGGAGUUUGAGUGGCAUUUUGGAGAAGACCCACUAGUGAGGACAACUUCAAGAAGCAUUAAAAAGAGACUUGGCAUCCCCCAGCGGUACCACGUGGUGGUCAAGGCUUCCAAUGGGAUCACUAGUGUGGUCUCUGAGCCCCACCCCAUCACUGUCCAGAAGAAAAUUGUUGCCAAUCGUCUCUUGUCCACCUCGUCUGCUCUGCUAAACACCAGUGUGACCUUUGAGUGUAGAAUUAACUUUGGCACGGAUGUUGCUUACCUGUGGAACUUUGGGGACGGCACUGUCAGUCUGGGAAACAGCACCAACACUCAUGUCUACAGCAGGGAAGGAGCAUUUACAGUGGAGGUCCUUGCCUUUAAUAACGUCAGCUCCGCCUUGCUGAGAAAGCAGGUUUUCAUCGUGCACACACCCUGCCAGCCCCCGCCAGUGAAGAACAUGGGGCCCACGAAGCUCCAGGUAUGGCGGUCUCAGCCAGUGAGACUGGCAGUGACUUUUGAAGCUGCCAUUCUCUGUGACAUUUCCCAAGGCCUUUCUUAUACCUGGAGCUUUAUGAAGUCUAACGGCUCCCACGUGUCCCUUCCCCCUGCUGUUGACAACCACAGACAAACCAUCACUCUCCCAAGCUACUUUCUGGAGUAUGGAAACUAUACUGCAGUGGCUAAGGUUCAAGUCAAAGGCAGCGUGGUACACAGCAACUACUCGGUGGGGGUGGAUGUUCGAGACAGGGCACCUGUCAGUGUGAUCUCAGAGGGCACACACCUCUUCAUCCCCAAGACCCCCUCCUCCACCAUCAUCCUCAGCGGGUCCCAAUCCUAUGACCCUGACAAUCCGGGCGCGCCUCUCAGGUACCACUGGAGGUGUGCUCCUGCUGGGGCCCCUGAGUGUCCAUGCUUCCAUGCUCCCAUGCCCGGUGGACUGGACACAACUGCACCAGUCAUCUCCUUUGCUGCAACGGAUCUCAGUGAUGGCUUUGACCAGUUCCUGGUGACGCUGAAGGUGUCCAGCGGCAGCCGGACCUCCCCUGAAGCGCAGGUGUUCCUGUCCGUCCGCUCCGAGCAGACACUCAGAUUCGUCCACAUUUCCCGGGUCAACUUUAAAAACAACUUUGUUAACUGGAAUGAAGAACUUUCUCUUCAAGCUGUGUGUGAAGACUGUGGUGAUAUACAAAAUCUCUCUUAUUCCUGGGACCUCUUCUUAGUCAAUGCAACAGAACAGAAUAGUGUGGAAGCCCCUUUGUGUAGAGUUGUAGAGCUGCUGGACUCUUCAAGAUUUGGUGCCAUUUUGAAGUUAUCAGAGUCAACCCAACUGUUGGUGGAGCCCAACACAACAGACCCAGGUUUAACAACCAUGUCAUUCUCCCAAGAGCCUCUGCAGAAGACAAUUGGCCAGUCUGCCCCCUCAGCCAUGAGGAGACCCUCCAAGAAACCUACAGUGGGUGUCUACCAGGUUUUUGCUGUUGAUGCUGAUGCUUCAGGCCAAGAGGAUGCUCCCAGGGAAGCAGCACUGUCCCCAGAGCCAGGGUUAUUGGAAGAGGGAUCCUUGGUUACUAGCCUUUGGAAGGGAGAGUGGCGAUCAGGAAAUCUGCGCCCACAGAACCUGUCCUCCUACCUCUCUGAUUUUGAAGCCUACUAUGAUGAUAUACAAGAAGCAAUACCCUCAAAAGGAAGACAACCAGGGAACAAUAUGAACUUUCUUGGAUCAGAACCAAGUGGAAGUGAUGACAAAAGCCCCAGUGAUGGGGAUAACUUGGUUGGUCCAUUCCACUCCAUGGGUAGUGCUAUGCCCUCACUGAUGGUUGACUGGCCCAAGUCCCUCAUUAGACAGGCUAUUUUCCAAGGCUACACCUCAUCAGGUGUCAUAGAACAAACUGUGACGAUAAAGCCAUUUUCACUGAGAAGGGGAGAGACAUAUGUCAUACAAGCUUCUGUGGGACUUCCGUUAUGAAUUUAGUUACCAGAUAGGAAAUGCCUCCAAACGUACUUUGUACCACGGGAGAGAUGCCCAGUAUUAUUUUGCUUUGCCAGCUGGUGAGCCACUGGACAAUUACAGAGGUAAGUCACAGAGUAAAUCUGGUUUAUUGCUCUGCUUACUUAGGGUUCUAGCCCUUUUUUCCUGGUGUCCCAAACUACAAAACUGUAUAUCUAGAAAAUAAAGUGCUUAUUUAUUCAUCUUUAUAAGCUUAACAUUUUUAAAUUUAGGUUGGUUCUCACUUUGUAGUUCAGAAAGAAAAUUAAUAAUAAUGUCAAUAAAUUAAUUUUUAUAUCUUAAGUUUUAACUGCAAUGUAAUGUAAAUGAUAAAAUGGCAAAAGAAUCUUUUUUUUCUAUAUGAAUUAAAAAUUUAAGACCAAGAUAUCCCUUAAUUACUGAUGAAAUAUGUCCUAUCUGGUGAAUCUUGCAUUUGUUAUGGCCUAAACCAGUUUACAGUCAUUGAGAAGCGUCAGGGUUCGUGAUGUUACUCAGUAAACGAAUAAUUUCUUUUAUAAGGAUCAGCACAAACCUGGUUCCUGUGAGGUUAAAGAUGUCCCACAUAUCUAACUUUUCCAAGCUGCUGUACCACUCCAUCAUCUCUAACAUCAACUACUCCCUCUAGCCUCAGUACUCUCCCUCCUGUCUUUGGGUUCCCUAAUUCGGUGCAACAUCUCACAGGUCUCACAAACCAUAAGACGAAAUACCUGACGAAG